UCUCUUCCUUUCUCUCUCCUCACUCUGUCAUUGUAACCAGAUUUUAAAAUCCAUAAUCUACAGAGAGAAAAUAAUAAUAAUAACAUUAUUAUUAUUUUAUAUAUAACUGAUUUAUCUCUCUCUCAGCUCUAAAGCCAUUCUUCUUCACUCUAUCUUUUCUAUUAUCUGAGAAUCUGCUGAGCAGUUGUGUAUUUCAACUGAUUUUCAAACCCUAUCGUUUUGGAUCCACUUCAAGGUUUAGAUGUGAAGAGAACUACUCUGCGUGGAAAGAGUUACUUUUCUUCUUCUUCUUUUUUUUUUUUUUUGUAUUUGAAGUGGUGAGAGGAAGUGUUUGGAUCAGAGAUGGCGGAGAUUGCCGGCGAAGCGGCAGAGGUAACAGGCAAUGCGAGAAGUGAGUCGCCGGUGAGGAUGACUUCGACCACGUCGGGAGCACCUCCGCCUUUGGCGGUGUCGGCGCCGUUUAAGGAGAGUGGAGGGAAAGGUUCGUCGAGGAGGAGAACUGUCAGACCUAGCUUCGAUGCGGAUAACGACUUCAUUACGUUGCUUCACGGUUCGGAUCCGGUGAAAGUUGAGCUUAAUCGGUUGGAGAAUGAAGUUAGAGAUAAAGAUAGAGAAUUGGGAGAAGCACAAGCCGAAAUUAAGGCAUUAAGGAUGUCUGAAAGGCUAAGAGAAAAGGCUGUCGAAGAGCUCACUGAUGAUCUCUCAAAAAUGGCGGAGAAGCUUAAACUGACAGAAUCUCUUCUGGAAAGCAAGAACCUAGAAAUCAAGAAAAUAAAUGAUGAGAAGAAGGCAUCCAUGGCUGCUCAGUUUGCAGCUGAGGCCACUCUGCGGAGGGUUCAUGCUGCUCAAAAGGACGAUGAUAUGCCUCCAAUUGAAGCAAUUCUUGCACCCUUGGAGGCUGAGCUGAAGCUUGCUCGGCAAGAGAUUGCAAAGCUUCAAGAUGAUAACAAAGCUCUCGAUCGUCUAACUAAAUCAAAAGAAGCAGCUUUAAUUGAUGCUGAAAGAACCGUAGAGUUUGCAUUGGCGAAAGCUUCCAUGGUAGAUGAUCUCCAAAAUAAAAACCAGGAAUUGAUGAAGCAGAUAGAAAUUUGCCAGGAAGAAAACAAAAUUUUGGACAAAAUGCAUCGCCAAAAGGUUGCAGAGGUUGAAAAGCUUAUGCAAACAGUUAGGGAGCUGGAAGAGGCUGUUCUUGCUGGUGGUGCUGCUGCAAAUGCAGUGAGGGACUACCAGAGGAAAGUUCAGGAGAUGAAUGAGGAAAGAAAAACACUUGAUCGAGAGCUGGCACGUGCAAAAGUAAGUGCUAAUAGAGUGGCCACAGUUGUAGCAAAUGAGUGGAAAGAUGCUAAUGACAAAGUGAUGCCUGUAAAACAAUGGCUUGAAGAGCGGAGAUGCUUGCAGGGAGAAAUGCAGCAACUUCGUGACAAGCUUGCUGUAACUGAGCGAACUGCAAAAUCUGAAGCACAGUUGAAAGAGAAAUAUCUAUUGCGGCUCAGAGUUCUAGAAGACAGCUUGAGAGGAUCUUCUAACAGUGUUAGUCGCAGUACAUCAGAUGGAAGAAGUGUCAGCAAUGGGCGUUCUAGGCGUCAGUCUCUUGGUGGAGCUGAUAACUUCUCGAAACUUACCCCCAAUGGGGUUUUAUCCAAGAGAUCACCAAGCUUUCAAUUGAGAUCAUCUUUCUUAUCUAGUACAGUAUUGAAGCAUGCUAAAGGAACAUCCAAGUCAUUUGAUGGAGGCACAAGAUCGUUAGAUGUGACAAAAGUGCUUUUAAAUGGAACAGACUCAAAUAUUUCACUCAACCAGCCUUCUGAGGGAAAGGCUCAGGCACCAAGUGAUGAAAAACCAAAUAAUUUCCUGGCAGUGGAUGCAGAGGAUAAUGUACCAGGAGUAUUGUAUGAUUUGUUGCAAAAAGAGGUCAUAGCUUUGAGGAAAGCUGGUCAUGAGAAAGAUCUAAGCCUUAAGGAUAAGGAUGAGGCAAUUGAGAUGCUUGCCAAGAAGGUGGAAACAUUGACAAAGGCAAUGGAAGUUGAGGCUAAAAAGAUGCGACGUGAAGUAGCCGCUAUGGAGAAAGAGGUUGCUGCCAUGCGUGUCGAGAAAGAACAUGAGAAUCGGGCCAAGCGGUUUGGUAACUCCAAGGGGUCUGCUGCUCAGCUGCUUACCGGAAGGGUACAGUCACAGGAGGGGAGUUAGAAAUCUUUAGGCCUCUGGAAACGUAUCUCGAAGUGGGUUAACACGCAGCACUCAAUGACAGCAAAAUUCUAAUUGGAGCUGCCGCAAGUACUUGCAUAGGUCUCUUCCGUCUGUUGUUCUAUCUAUUAUAUAUUACCUCUCUGGUGAUUGAUUAUAAAGAUGAUAAGUUUUUGUGUUGAUGAACUCAUGUUCACUGAAAUUAGCGAAGAGAAGAGAAGAAAUUUGGUAAAGAGUAAAAUUCGAAGGAAGAAAUCGGUUGUCGUGGUGCUUCAGACAGAGAAUACUUAUUCCUCUGCCUAGAGAUGAGCCAAAAAAAGAAAAAAAAAAAAGAAAAAAAAAAGAAGGGAAGUAUUGACUAUGAGCUAACCUUUGGCAGGGUUUUCCUUGGGAGUGGCAAGUGGCUAUGGAUAUGUAUGUAUAGGCAACUUUAAUGGCUUUUUCCCACCCACUUUUCUGGGGAGUUCAUAUUUGUAAUAUCAAUAUGCAGAUAAGUUGUUGAUUUGUGAUUUGAAGUUUGUUAAUAUCAUAGUUUAAAGAUAA